AUGACGACACAUAGCAACAGUCGCUCUCAAUAUACUCCCUUAGCCACCGCAUCCGAUGCUUCAAUCGAGGAUGACCCGUCUAAUCUUGCAGUACUUGUGAAAGAUGCCCGAUCUUCAAGUCUCGAUUCCUCAUCUUCGACUACUGAUGUAGAGAAAGCCAAACCCGUAUCCAAAUCAGUUUUUGAGACCGAUUCUAUGAUACCAGUAGGGGACAAAGGCAAAGAACUGAGCGAAUCACAAAAAUUAUUGAAGGAAGGUAAAUCCGCUAUUGCACUUGAAUCUAAUGGAGAAGAGCAAUUUGAGUCUGAAUCUCGACCUCAAUCUAGUUCUAUCAAGUAUAGCACAGUGAUUGAGAACCAGUCUCCAGUAACAGGCAAUGGUGAUUUUGAUCAGAUUAAAGAUCCGUAUCAACAAGAUAAUGAAGAUUCAUCCUCUACUCAGCUCACGCCUAGACCUACAGCCGAAUUCGUUGUCGACUCUGACUCCCAAUCGAUACACCAGAUUUCAGCCAAGACAGAAAUUGAUCGAGACGCCGCAGCUAGCGAGGUCGCAGAUGCAACCCACGAAGCCGAGACUGCAUCUGAAACAGCUGCGCAUUUAGACUCAUUGUAUCCUAUGAAUCCAUCCGUCGAGCAAGAUAAUGCAAGACGCAAUGCCACUAUAAAAGGACUUCAGAAGUCCACUAUUACAGCAAUUCUCCACAUGUUUCUUGCUUUUACACUCAUUUUCGCACUCAUAUACCCUAAGCUUAAUCUUCUUCAAGAUGUCCGAGCCUACUUCCAUAAGUCUCGUGACAUCAGAUAUUGUGAUGUGGAAGACAUUCCAGACGUUCGAUUGAUCGAGGUGUUAAAACAAUCAAGGUUUCAUCGUAUAAGAAGUAUUGUAACGCCACUUAUUGCUUGGAUAUGGUUUUACAUGUUUGCGAAUGGGCCUGAACUAGGAGGGACAAACGGUACCGCAAAUGCCACCGCAGUUGCAUCUGUUGAAUCUACCUCGCAUACGCUGCUGGAAGCAAUCAAUGACGCUACGAAUGCCACCGUGAAAGCACUCAUAAACGCUACGGCUCAGGCUUGA